AAAUUGUGCACUGAAUCGAUGUUGAUUGCUCAGUCCGUAACGUUACACUAUUUUGACAGAGCUGUUAGACUUUUUUUUUCCCCUGUGGCCUUGUAAGGUGUCGAAAGUAAGAUGCUGUCUUACAUCAUUGGGUGGCUAGGCAUUGCAAGCUAUUGAAGUCAUGAGCCAGAUCUGAAGGCAUACACCCACAUGCUCAUUCGGAGCAGUAUCAACAACAUCAUCAACCUGAUCCUCAGCCUCUUUGCAAAAAAGAAACCCGCAAUCACCUUAGAGGACUCUAACCUGAAAUAUGCAUUAAAGCUGAUAGAUAAAGAGAUCAUUAGUCAUGACACAAGGAAAUUUCGUUUUGCCCUGCGGGAGCCAAGCCACGUCCUUGGCCUUCCCAUCGGGCAACAUAUAUACCUGUCUGCCAAGAUAGAUGGAGUCCUGGUGGUCAGACCAUACACGCCUGUUUCUAGUGAUGACGACAUUGGCUUCGUAGACCUGGUAGUCAAGAUUUACUACAAGAACGUUCAUCCAAAAUUUCCUGAAGGUGGCAAAAUGAGUCAGUACUUGGAGAGCCUGCGGAUUGGCGAUACCAUCGACUUCAGAGGCCCCAAUGGCCUGCUGGUCUACAAAGGAAAAGGGUCUUUUGCCAUCAAGGCAGAGAAAAAGGCGGUGCCUGUAACCAAAACUGCCAAGCAAGUGGGCAUGAUCGCUGGAGGGACGGGAAUCACUCCUAUGCUGCAGAUCAUCAAAGCUAUAAUGAAGGAUCCCCAGGACCAGACUGUGUGUCAUCUGCUCUUUGCCAACCAGACUGAAAAGGACAUCCUGUUACGACCUGAGUUGGAGGAGAUUGAAGCAAAUCACCCAAACCGAUUCAAGCUGUGGUUUACCCUGGACAGAGCUCCUGAGGGUUGGGAAUACAGCCAAGGCUUUAUCAGUGAAGACAUGGUUAGGAACCAUCUUCCACCCCCCGGUGAAGACACACUCAUCCUCCUGUGUGGACCCCCUCCCAUGAUCCAGUUUGCCUGCAACCCCAACCUGGACAAAGUAGGUCACUCCAACAGCCGGAGGUUUACCUUCUAAAAGUGGACCGGUUAAAUAUUGGUUUCCUUAAAUAGAGGAUCAGCCCCACCCAAAAAUAUUAAGUACUCCGUCAAUCAAAAUCAUGUUGCUCAUCUUUAAUCAGAAUCUGGACCAAUUUCUGUAUUUACCACAGUGUUUACACCUCGCUUUAACGUGUUUGUUGCCAUCUGAUCAGGUGACCUCUUGUUUAAACAUCAAAGUAGGCUCCAAAAUGCAUGCUGCAAAGGAUUACUGCAAAUGUGUCUGAAUACCUUUGAUCUGUAAGUAGGUCAACAACGUGUAUUAUUUUAGAUUUACACUGUUAUAACUGGUUAUAUGAUAAACAACAGCCUUUCGGCAACCAUGUUUUGUGCUGGCAUUGGAUGUGGUCAUGAUCUAUGCGUCUUGACUGUCUACACCUAUAUUGAAUGUGGACAAGAUCAGGAUAGCAGAUGCAUGUUGAACAAGGUGUAAACAGGCCCUGAGCUGUGCCUCUAUUUCCUAAACACAAACUGUGUCCAAAGCAAUUUUCUCUCGAUUUUGGGGAUUUAAUUAAAGGGCAUACCAUUUACUGAAUUUCAUCACAGAGGUAAGAGAGAACAGAUGUUAACAGAUCAUGGGCCGGUUUUCGCAGACACAGAUUAAGCCUAUAGUCUAGGACUAAAACAAGCUCAAUAGAGUUUUCUAUUAUUAGAUUUUAAAAAAUUGUCCUAGAAUAAACUUAAUCUCUGUCUGUGAAACCGGCCCCAUGUGUGUUCUGGUAUAAUGUAACUUGAGUGCCUUAUAAAUGGCCAUCCUUUAAGUAACAUUUGAUAUGCACUGCUGAAGUUUGACCAUAUACUGCUUACUUUGAUAAGAAUUUUUUGCACAGUAGUAUCUGUUGUCAUUUAGUGUUGAAGGUAUGUGUUUGUUACUCAUAUCCCAAUCACACUGCUUUUUUGUUUAUAAAUGUUUGGAUAAAGUGUUUGCUUAUUGUCCCUAUGCAGAUUGUAGAAUACUUCUAAAACCUUGACCUUCAUAGCACUUAUUACUGUCAUCUGUUGUUACACAAAUGAGACCAAUAAAAUACAAAUGCAA